AUGGCGAAAAUUGCAACAACGGUUUUGUUAUUGGCCAUCGUGGCAUUCAUUAUCAACGACUCGUAUUCGGCCUCCGUUACCAAAUCUGAAGCGGGUUUUGCAGAAGGCUUCUCAACAGUCAAUGUAGACAAUGUUGAAGUUAAGAAAAUGGCAGAUUAUGCCAUCAAAGCCAUAUCGUCCAGCAGCAAAUUAGGGUCCAUCAAGUUAAUUCGGAUUGUAAAAGCCGAAACGCAGACUGUGGCUGGGGUUAACUACAAGCUGAACCUAGAGCUUGACUAUACGAAUACUGGAGAAAAUGCACUUCCUCUUCCGUGCGAAGUUGUUGUUUUCCGUCAACCCUUGACCGACGUCCGUGAACUGAGACAAUUAAAAUGUUUCCCGAGCGCAUACACCAAGACCGCUUAG